GCGGUGACGUCACUCCGGGGGCGUGGCCUCGGCCUCUGAGGCGCCAUGGCGGGCGAGAUAGGCCGCGUCCUGGUCCAGGUGCAAGAAGACCUGCAACAACUGAAGACGAAGCUGCGAGAGGUCGGCCACGACUGGGACGGAGCUCAGACAUUUGAAACCGCAAUCGAAAGGACCGAGAGUGGACUGAGGAAACAAGCUGAGAAGUAUUUAAGUGCCGUAAACAGAUCUGUUCUAACUAUUUCCAGAACGGAUGGUGAGCUACUGAGCCCAAGACACAGUUCCAGACGGGGCAUUCCUUUGGAGACAUCUCAGGCACACAUCAUAUUAACAGCGAGGCCGGCCAAUGCAGUUGCCAUCACCCGGCGUGGCCGGCUACCCCUGCACAUGUCUACGGGAUCAAAGCACAAGCUUUCAAUGGCGUUGAGGGUUUUGUGUGACCCGCGAAAUCCCUGCAACCGGAGCGUCCUGAACGAGAACUAUGGGGUCUCUUUGCCAUGGAUUAAUCGGAGGAAGACGUCUCCAGCUCCGACCCAGAAAGUAGCCAAAGGGGUCACGGUCAGCAGCCUCCCGGUUGCCCCGGCCUCCUUCCACUUGCACAAGGUCUCCUCCCUCCUGCCCGUCUCCCAAACGGAUUCAGAGAAAGGCAUCCUGAGUCUAGUUGAAAGGGGCCUGAUCCCACGUGCUGCCCGGAUUACACUCGAGAAGCCUCCGGUUCUUCCCAGGCCUGUUCCUCUUCAUGAAUUUCACACAAAGCAUCAAAGAACGGGUGCCGACAGUAAGAAGGCGGAAGGGGCACCUUACCCGUCCGAAGACGAGGCCCGCACCUCCAGUUUUGCAAGCAAAGAUAGCAAAGAGAAGGGCAACAUCGCCCCCCCUCCGUCCUGCAUCUCCUUCCUUCCUUCCAAGAAGUCCAGGGAGCGACUGGGACUGUCCCCACUAAAGCAGGAGUCGGCCUCUUCUUCUGCCUUGCUGCCAAAGGCCUCCGAGAUGAUGCUGGCCCAGUCCUUCCAGAAAGUCGUGUCGGAGUUUGACAUCCAGGUCCGCAACGGGGUCCUGGACUACAGUUCUUCGGACCUCCAGGGGCUCAAACGGCACUGCUGCCUGUUCUGGGGAGGCAUCCUCUCCUUCCUGGAAAAGGUGGGCAACCUCCUCAAGGACUACGCCGUGCCCUACGCCAUCAUCCGGGGACGGAGAGUGAUGGAGAUCGCCCCGGACUUUGAGCUGAACCAGCGUCCGACCCGGGAGGACCUUCUCUCGGUCAUCAGGGAUGCCUUGGCCAUCAGGAAGCUCCUGGGCCGGCCCGGCCAGAGGUACAAGGGCCAAAACGGGCGUCAGGCGGCGGCCACCAAGAUCCAGGCCACGUGGAGGGGUCACAAGCUGCGGAAGGCCUACAUCCAGUUCCGGCAGCACCAGUGGGCCACGGGGGUGAUUGCCAUCCCGUGGCUUAUCCACAUCCACAUGCGCCGCGUCAGGAAGAUCCUGAAGGAAGCGCGGCAGAGGCACCUGGAGAACUUCCACCUCCGGGCCAAGCAUCUGGCCGCCAACUGGAGUCGCAUCAGGACCUCGAGGAGGACCAUUAUCCACGUCCCAUCAUUAGGUUAUGCCCAUAGUGUGCGAGAGGCGACCCGCGAUUUUGCCAUCAAGCAGGGAUCUCAGAUUGGAAGGCUGUGCGAAAUACAAGAUCCUAAUGUGGACGUCAUCUACGUUUGCCCCUUUGAGAUGAGCGAGGAGAUGCAGGACUAUUACAAGAGGCUCCUGGGACUGCAGACGGCCGUUAAAUCCGGGAACCCCGAGGACAUCGCUGACCUGCGGGACCGGUUCAAGAUCCUCACCCCUGAAGCCAUCCACAGCUUCCCCGGCCGGCCCAUGUCCCUGGCCACCUUCCUCAAGUACAGCCCCAGGACCCUCCAGAGGAUCCGGCGUCUGAUCCAGGGCAAGGCGGCCUACCUGGUCGGAGGGCUCCUUGGUCAAGACGAUCUGGAAGUGGCCGACACCUUGGACCUCCCCGUUUUGGGCUCCAGCCCGGAAGUGUCCCGUCUCUACAGCUCCAAAUCCGGAAGCAAGAGGAUCUUCAAUGCCGCUCAGGUCCCGGUGCCACCAGGCCGGUACGACAUCUACAGAUGGCAGCAGGUGGUGGAGUUCCUGAGCCAGCUGGUUAUCGACUACCCCGAGGUGAAGCGCUGGGUCUUCAAAGCGGACCACGACUUUGGCGGGAACGGGACGGCCUUCUGCGAUGUCACGGCACACCUUCGGUGCUACACGUGGGUCCUGAACGAGAGGCGCCGCUACGGCCCCGAGAUUUGGAAGAAAAGCUGGGCACACGAACCGGCUUUGGCGAAGAUCUCCCAGGAGCUGCCGGGCCUUUUAGCACAGCACGCCCGGGCUGUCAAUGAGAAACGAUUUCCUACGUGGGGGAAAUUCCUCCAAACGUUUGUGCGUCAAGGUGGAAUCAUCGAGGCCUUCCCGCCCUCGGACAGCAUCACCAACAUCACGGUGGACAUGCUGAUAGAGCCGACGGGAGCCAUCGCCAUGGUUUCCUGCGGGGACCAGUUCCACGCCGACGGGCCCUUCCGCUCCUCGGGAACCACCCUCCCGCAGGCCUCCGUCGAGCCCCAAGCCCUGAACGCGCUCUGCUUCCAGGUCGGAGAGGCCUGCCGAAACCGGGGCGUGGUGGGCUAUUUCUCCAUCGACUUCGCCACCUUCAUCCACCCCCGCACACUGGGGCAGCAGGUAUGGGCCAUCGAUCUCGAUCUCCGUUAUAGCGACCACCUGGCUUCAACUCAGCUCUUGCUUUAUGUCACGAACGGAAAGCUGGAUUGCAGUUUAAGCCGCUUCCAAGUGCAGCUCGUUCCAAAGAAACCCAAAAGCCGGCACGUCCAGAGACAACCACCCGAAGCGGGCCCCAUUGUCAGCCGCUAUGCCGUCAUGAGCACUUCGAUCAGACACGCCAACCUGUCCAUCAUCUACUACAGCGUCUUCCUUCAGAUGUGCAAAGCGCAUGGGAUUGGAUAUGAUCUCGAGCUAAGAGAAGGGAGCAUUUUUAUCCCCUUUGAAGACCAGAAGAGACACAGAUUUGGGAUGAUAUGCAGGUUAAUGAGCAUGCGAAGAAGUCAUGAAAUGCUGCAAGAGGACCUGGAGAUGUCCCUCAAACGAGGGGUUGCCUGUGGAAGGGACCUUCUUGCGCCCCGGACAGGAGUGGGCUCUUCUGAGGCAGAGUUGCAUCCUCCCAGAAAUUUGCAAUCCAUCGUUUCGGAUACAUACAGAUAUAUAUUAUUAUAUUUAUUAUAAUUAAUUAUAAUUUAUUAUUAUUAUUUUAUUGUAUGACACAGCAAACAAGAUAGACAUGCUGGAUUUCAUAUCACAAAAUCACAAGUCGAACCCUUCCCAAGCGUCUAGGACUGUGUGAUGUAUUUUUGGAUGAUGCACACAGAUCCCAGUCGGGUGGCCUUUUGCAGUUGGCAGAUUGUGAUUUUGUCAAUGUCUAUUGUUUCCAAAUGCCGGCUGAGAUCUUUUGGCACGGCACCCAGUGUGCCCAUCACCACCGGGACCACCUGCACUGGUUUCUGCCAGAGUCUUUGAAGUUCAAUCUUGAGGUCCUGAGAGCGGCUGAGUUUUUCCUGUUGUUUUUCGUCAAUGCGACUGUCACCUGGGAUGGCAACAUCAAUGAUCCAAACCUUUUUCUUUUCCACAACUGUGAUGUCUGGUGUGUUGUGUUCCAGAACUUUGUCAGUCUGGAUUCGGAAGUCCCACAGUAUCUUUGCGUGCUCAUUUUCCAAUACUUUAGCAGGUUUGUGAUCCCACCAGUUCUUUGCUGCUGGGAGGUGGGACUUGAGGCACAAGUUCCAAUGAAUCAUUUGGGCCACAUAGUUGUGCCUCUGUCUGUAGUCUGUCUGUGCAAUUUUCUUACAGCAGCUGAGGAUAUGAUCAAUGGUUUUGUCAUUAUUAUUAUUAUUUUUAAGUUCAGUCUACCAUGUGACAGAUUUUCCAUUUAUACUGUCUGGUCAGUACUUGCUUGUGCUGGACACACUAACCACAGCACUGGAAGAUGGCAGUGAACUCUGAGAAGUGGAUGAAUGGGAAGAUACACCUAACCAGUUCCAACCAUUUUGGGGGUCACUGGUCUGGCCUGGCAAGCUUUGCCCAACUGCUAAGUAAGGGCUGCUUACCGGGCACCUUCUUCCACUUUCUAUUAUGACAAGGUCCCUCAAAGAUCUCAGGAAAUGUGUCCAGUGCAGAACGAGUGCGGGAGCUGCUUCUCGUUUGCUUGAAUGAUGCUCCCAUUUGCGUCCACAAAGUGACACUGGGUCUCCGUGGGUCUGAUGGCACCACCCCUGAGCUCCUGAGAGCAGAGACCACCACGAAUCCUCUCAAUGGCCCAGGUCGUGUUGAAGAUGAUGCCAUCAUUGCCGAAUUGGACCCAGCCGCUCACAUCAGAGAGCUUGCUUUAGGUGGGAUGCCCAACCCCACUGAAAUCUGUCGCACCUCAGGUUAGCUUCACCUUGCUAAAGACACCAAGCCACACACAGGAAGUAGUCUUUUGUAGUUUAUUUAAGAAAUAGGCAACGGAUAGUUCAUAAAAGGGUAAAAGAUCAGUUCCAAAAGAUAGGUACAAAAUCCAGGCUGUAAGCAAUAAGUCCAUAGGGACACUGAGCAUAGAACAAGGUCCUUUUCAUGGAAGCCAAAAGUCCCAACAGAAUAUAUCCAUGAGAUAUUACAGGAAGGCAAACUUGGCACAGGAAAGCAGACUUGCUUCUAGAUCACGCAAUGGAGUUGCAUUGACAGAGAGCUCUCUCUCUAUGAGCAGACUGUUUUAAAUGCAUGACAUAAAGGCGUUCCUUUGCCCUUUGAACUCUCGUUUAUUGGCUAUGCGAAGGCUUCUCCGCAACCCUCUAAAUUCCAGUCUCGUAGCCCGAUCGAGAUCCCCAGAGUCAAGGCCACUGAGCUCAUUAUCAGACAACAAAGUGCUAUCCUCCCUUUCCACUCCCUGCACCUGAAAUUCCUCGUUAGAAACAACAUCAUGAUUUAUUCCCAUGGGAACAACUCCCUGCUCUUCAUCUCCCACAGCUGGAACGCUCCUAUAAUUCCCAGCAUCAGAAUCAUCUGCCCAUCCAACUACAGGUCCUUUCUGCCACUACUAUUUUGCACUUUACUGAGAAAUCUACCUCUCCCAUUUGAUAUAUUUUGCACUUUGGCCCAAAUCCUUGUUUUUACUCUUCUGCUUUUAAUAUCUUAUGUUAUAUGUUGAUUAUUAUGAUGGUUUUAUCGAUAUUGAUGUUUUAUUGUUGGUAUAAUUGUUUAUCAUUUUAUUGUUGUAUGUUUUCGGGCUUGGUCCCCAUGUAAGCCGCUCCGAGUCCCCAUUGGGGAGUUGGGGCGGGGUAUAAAAAUAAAGUUAUUAUUAUUAUUAUUA